UGGCCUUUCCUAAACCCUCCCGGAAACAAAGUUUUGCCGAAUAGAGCCGAACGAUGCAACUUCAUGGACCUUCGCUUGAGACGUUCGAGGAGCUUCUGGAGAGGAUCAGCAGUGGUCUGGAGGAGGUGAAUGAGCACGUGCAGAAACUGCAAGAGUAUGGCAAGGGACCAGCUCUUCGACUCUCGCGCAACUUCUCGAAGGCAUCGGUGAUGCACACUUCUUCCCAGCCGUUGCCGUCAGAGGAGUUGCCUUCUGAGCGCAAGGUGAACUUUCAAUUGCGCUCCACCACGGUGUCUUCAGUUUCAGCCGAAGAAGAUGAAUGUUCGGUGCGGAAGAAGCCGCCCUCAGUCUUGCAGGACUUGAAGGAGCAAGCGAUAACGUCUACCAAGACCCUUGCACAGAUGUCUCGGCAAGCUUCCCAGCACUAUGUGCCCCGGGAGACCUGGACCGAGUAUGCGGAUAAAGGCCAGAACAGCGACUUCCAGGACUUCUUGGAGAGUUGCGUAGAGAGGUACGCGCACAAGAAGGUCACUUCUCAAAGACGUCAAUCCAUUGAUGAAAGCUACCUUGAAAGCGAGGAGGCCAGAUCCAGAUGCCGGGGCAGGUGCUGCUGCUGCUGCAAGAGGGCCAUGAUCCAUCCGCAGUCGAGGACGAGGUUAAUCUGGGACAGCAUCAGCGUCAUCAUGAUUAGCUUGGACAUCAUCAUGCUGCCAAUGAUCUACGGGAUGAAUAUGGGUGACGUGCUGGAGAUUGUAGCCGUGGAAUGGAUUUGCACGAUUUUUUGGACCGUGGACAUGAUCAUCACAUUUAUGACUGGAUACAUUCUGGGUCCUGAUGUCAUUAUGAACCCGCAGAAGGUUGCCUGCAACUAUUUGCGGACUUGGUUUACUAUCGACUUUACCAUUGUGGGCUCUGAGUGGGCAGCCCGCAUCACAGAGUUUGUGAAUGGCCUCAAUGCCUUCCGUGCUGCCCGCGCUGUGCGCGUGCUCCGCGUGGUGCGUGUGGUGCGGCUGAUCCGCCUCGCGCGCUUCGUGAAGACCUUGCACAAGUUCACCGAGCUGACCGGCUCACUGCGCCUGCUCAUCCUCUUCAAUGUCGCCAAGAUGACAGCGCUCUUGCUGCUAGCGGUGCACAUCUUCAGCUGUGGCUGGCACUUUGUUGGCUUCUACACGCCUGGAGGCUGGGUGGAGAAGGAGAACUUCUUGGAGGAGUCCGUGCUGGUGAGGUACAUUGCAGCUGCUCGCUGGACUUUGGCGCAGCUGAACGGUAGAACUGACCGAGAGGAUCGGACCUUCGUGGAGAUGUCGUAUGUGGCGUUUGCAGCGUGCUUCACGCUGAUCUUCAUGUCCAUCUUCGUGUCAAGCCUCACCUCGCGAAUGCUUCAGUUGCAACAGCUCAUGGACAAGGAAUCAGGUUACAAGCGGCUGUUGCAGAGUUACAACGAGACGCACAACUUGUCGUGGACUACAGUUUACCUGGCACGGCGCCACAUUGAGGACCGCACCAAUUUGGAUAGCGACAUGAACUUGGAGAAGGAGCUUUUGCGGCUCUUGCCGGUGCAGACCCAGGCCGAUUUGCUGUCAGAGGUGCGCUUUCCUCUGCUUGUACAUCACCCGCUCUUCCGCCUUCUUCAUGGAGAGUUCUACUCAGUGAUCCGCAACAUGCUGAUCACUGCUGUGAAGCAAGAACCCACCCGGCACAUGGAGACCAUCUUUGCCAAGGGCAGCGUGUGCCACCAGAUGUAUUUUGUGGAUGGUCAGAGGCUGGUCUACAGCAAGGACACCGGCCUCAAGAACUGGCUGGCCAUUUGUGGCUUGGGCUGCGAGCUGCAAACUCGCUCUGCUGCAAACCGCAUGCGGAAUCUGCUACGGGGUCACAGGGCAUUGCAGGCCCAAGAGGGAAUUCUCAGCACCUACGAGCUCUCAGAGGGCACCUAUCUUUGCGAGGCGAGCUUGUGGGUGGAGAAGUGGUACAACCAGGGUGACUUUGUGUCUUUGGCCCACAGCAAGCUCGUAGUCAUCAACUGCGAUGCCUUUGCAGAGGCCGUGGCCAAGCACGAAGACACCUUGAAGUUGGUGAGUCUCUAUGCUUGCAACUAUGUGGCGACGCUCAGGGCCUUGGCAGACGCCAACGAGGUGCUCACCGACCUCCUCGAGAGCGACCUCUUCACUAUGCUCGGGGUAGACAAGCCGGAGCUGGAGCGGGUGGCCUCCAAUAAUAGCUUGCAACGCACGAGCUGGACACGGGCAGGCUUGGUGAACGUGCUGAAGGGAUCAGCUCCAUUCCUUCGUGCUGCCUCUGGGUCAUCUGACUCGGACCUUGGCCGUGCCAUGUCUUUCGCUUCGAGCUCAAAGUCAUCGUUGGACUUGGGGGCGCACGAUUUGCAACCCCGUCAAACCCGUAUGGCAACAAUACUGUCCGAAGACAUGGAAGACUGCACGGCCGAUGAGAAGGAAGAGUCCAGCACAGCCGGCGGUUUGGGCACAGAGGUGUGCCUGAAGGAGCCUUGGAAGGUAUCGCUAUGAGCCUGGCAUUAUUCAUUUGGCGCAUCGUGCCUUGACACAGCUGCCGAGAGCUAGCGAGCUCCAAGACAGCAUACACCAGCUGGAAGGACUCACCAUUGAGUUCUUUGUACUCAAGGCUUCACCCCAGACUCGUCGCCUGAAUUGUUGUUCUAGUUGCCUUGGGCCAGCGUGACCCAACGGUCACGUCUGUCUUGUUGUUUGUCAACGUGCGUGGCUGCAAGGAGGCAGCAAAAGGCAUUUGGCUAGCCAUGCUAGUCAAAGUGUUAGUAUCACGAGAGCCCCGCCCAUGGCGGCCUUCUGUUGUUGUGGCAUGAAGGACUUGAACAUGUC